AUGGCGACCUCCGCCGACGCGGCGGCGCCGGGGCUGCAGCCGCUCGCGGGGCGCACGGCGAUCGUGACGGGCGCGUCGCGCGGGAUCGGGCGCGCGAUCGCGGUGCACCUCGGCUCGCUCGGCGCCGACGUCGUCCUCGGCUGCUCCUCCAACCCCGCGCAGGCCGAGCUCCUCGCCGCCGAGCUCAACGCCGGGGCCGGGUCGGGCCGGGCCGUUUCCGUCCGGGCCGACGUGUCCGACCCGGCCGGGGCGGCGGCGCUCUUCGACCGGGCCGAGGCCGCGUUCGGGCGCCCCGCGCACGUGCUGGUGGCGUCGGCGGGCGUGCUCGACCCCAAGUACCCGGCCCUGGCGGACACGGACCUCGCCGACUGGGACGCCGCCUUCGCCGUCAACGCCCGCGGCGCCUUCCUCUGCUGCCGCCAGGCCGCGCGCCGCCUCGCGCGCGGCGGCGGCGGCAGGAUCAUCGCCCUCUCCUCCUCCCUGGUAGGGGUCCUAAGGCCAGGGUACGCUGCGUACGCGGCGUCGAAGGCGGCGACGGAGACGAUGGUACGAAUCAUGGCGAAGGAGCUGAAGGGGACGAGGAUCACGGCGAACUGCGUGGCCCCAGGGCCGGUGGCGACGGACAUGUUCUUUGCCGGGAAGAGAGAAGAGCUGGUGCAGCGGAUUGCGGUGGAGAACCCGAUGGGCCGGAUCGGCGAGAGCACCGACAUUGCGCCGAUUAUCGGGUUCUUGUGCUCCGACGAGGCGGAGUGGGUCAACGGUCAGGUCAUCCGAGCCAACGGUGGACUAGUUUAGGAUGCAUGUGCCAAUCGUGAAUCGAGUAUUAAUGCUGUGCUUAUAAAUAAAUUCACAGAUCCAGCGAAAGUCAAUAAACAGUUCAUAAACGUUUUGCAUGGUGUAGCAUGCAAUGCUAUAUUUACAAUAAAAAGUAUAUAUGCUAUAAAUUCUACGUUCUGUUUAUCUAAAAGCCAAUAUAUUAGCACUAGUUUUAUCAAU